AUGAACAGUGCUAGUAAUGUAAAGGCAGUGGUGAUUGUAUUACACGGCAUUAAUUCACACAGUGGCCGUAAUAAUAAAUUUAUGGUUGAGGUACUCGAGCAUGGAUUCCUAGUAGCAGGAAUUGACCAUGAGGGUAUGGGCCGUAGUGAUGGUAGACAUGGAUAUUUUUCUAGUGUACAUACUUUAGUAGACGAUGCCAUUGCAUUUAUAGAUUUGGUCAAGGCGAAAUAUUCACAGAAGAAGAUCUUUCUGCUUGGAUCCUCGCUGGGUGGAUUAAUUAUUCUGCAUGCACUUAGUAAAGGCGGCCCUAAGCUCGUUGACGGAGCUAUUAUAUUAUGUCCAGCCACAGAAAUCCACGAGGCGUCACGACCAUCGCAUCUGAUUGAAACCAUUGGCAGAUUGUUGCACGAAUACACACCUAAAUUGCCGCUUGUAACGGCUAAUCGUGGCAAAAACAGUUCUCCAGAAGUAGCGGCAUUUGUGGAUGCAGAUAAACAGGCUGACCCCCCUCAUGGUACGGCAGACAGAACUUGUCGUGUCACAGGUUCAGCGGCACUCCACCUUAAAACGCGCAGCGUCGACAAGACCUUCAAAACUUACGAAGGAGGACACCACGAUUUGGCCAGUGAGCCGCCUCAUAUUCGCGAUGCGGUGGUACGUGACUUUGUCGUUUGGCUUGAAGAUCAUUCCAAGCUAUAG